CCAGGGGACACUCCACAGAAAAUGAGAGCCGCACAGCACCCUACUCCAGCAGAGUUGGACGCGUAUGCUAAGAAGGUAGCCAACCACCCUCUGACCAUCAAAAUUUUCCCCAACAGCAUCAAGGUCCCUCAGCGGAAACACCUGCGCCGCACUGUCAACGGGCUGGACACUUCUGGGCAGAGGUACAGCCCUUACCCGCCGUCUCAGGCUUCCGUGAGAACAGGCCUCCUGGCCAUCGUCCGGUCCCCGGCCAAGGGGGUCGUCAAGGACUUUGACGGGAAGCGGAGCCGCCUGCUGCCAGAAGCCAUGAUGAACCCCCCCUCGGUCCCCUACGCGGCACCUAGCACUUUAACCCACCCCCAGGCGCUGGCCCGCCAGCAGGCCCUGCAGCACCUCCACUCUCAGGGGGUGCCCCCCGGCCUGCAGCCGCCGCAGAACGUGGCCCACCCUGGCCUGCAGCAGCUGCAGCCUCUGCCGCCGCAGCAGCAGCAGCACCCCACCAACCACUUGCCGCCGCAGCAGCCACCGCCGCCGCCCCUGACGGGCAUGCACCUGGGCAGGAAGAUGGCCGACGCCGACGCCCCUCCGAAUGUGACCGUCUCUACCUCAACCAUCCCGCUCUCCAUGGCUGCCACGCUGCAGCAGAGCCAGCCGCCGGAUCUGAGCAGCAUCGUGCACCAGAUCAGCCAGUUCUGCCAGGCGCGCACGGGCACCAGCGCUACCUCAGUCUGCGAGGGACAGAUCGCCAACCCCAGCCCCAUCAGCCGCAACCUCCUGAUCAGUGCCAGCAGCCGGGUGUCCGCGCACAACGUCCCCACCCCGCUGCCUUCCUGCGGCAUGGGGAACCCGGGCGACCAUGCCGCGACGGUCCCGCCCGCUGCCGCCAUGGGGAUGCCUCUGGCGCGCGGCCCUCCCGCCUACCAAAGCGAAAUGAAGCAAGUGGCAGCCUGGAACCAGCACCAGCUGGCUCACCUGCAGCAGAUGUGCGGCGAGGCCAUCGGCCCCUCGGCGCCCCUGGGGAAACCCCUCGGCCGAGAGCUGCCCGGGCAGGGCAAAGGGCCCGGCUACGCCCUGGAGCUGUGCAUGGGCCAGCCGUACGGAGCGAAGGCCGCCCUGGAGAAGCCCACCCCCUCGCCCCCCAUCAACGGCCUGCCCGGCCCGGUGCCCUUCACCAACGGGCACUACUUCCAGCCUCCCCUGUGGAAUAACAUUCUGCCCACACCCAACAGUGACAGCUCAGGCUCCCAGGACCUGGCCUUGCCCUUCCACGCGGGUGGCGGAGGAGGAGGAGGAGGAGUAGGGGGACUGCAGGCCAUGGGGGCGGCUGCCCUGGAGUGCACGGCGGCCCCCCACUGCCGAGGCGGGGCAGGGCCCUCCGGCCCGGGCGGCGUGAUCCCGACGAUGGAGUACCCGGACUUCCACCGGUCCUGCCUGCGCGAGCCGGGCGGGGCCCCGCUGAGCAAAGCGGCCCGCACAUCCGUGAACCGAGGGCGCGAGCCCGCCGAGAGCUGCGGGCUUCACCUCCAGCACCCGGGCUACAGAUGAGGCGGGCAUCGUCGUGGCAGCACGGCGACUUUCCCUCGGAGCUGGCCAGGAAUCGUAGGGGUAGUUUGGGCCGGCGUUACGGAGCUGGCCGGGGCGCGCGGCUGUUUUCUCUUUUUUGAACUGGCAAACUGCUGUGAUCAUUCUCGCCAACGGCUGAAAACUCUAGAGAUGAGCUCCCUACCUUCUGGGUGACACCCCCCCACCCCCACGCUGCCAGUCUGUAGCCC